AUGCUGCGGCGCUCGGCCAUCAAGCACGUCACACUCGGUAUCUCAAGCGGUCUAGCAGGCGGCUACAUUUUCUGGUACGGCUGGCACAUCCCCCAAGUGCGGCGCCGAGAUGAGUGGUAUUUGGAGCAGGAGAGGCGGAAGCAGGCUGGAGAAGCGUAG